AUGCGGAAACCCUCGGCUUGUGCUGUGUGCCGGGCCCGCAGGCGUAAAUGCGAGACUCGUCAGGGCCUCACCGACUGCAUUUACUGCAGUGAGAGGGGUAUCAAGUGCGAUCAAAGACCUCCGGAGGGAGGUUACUAUGAGGAACGAGAGGCUCAGCGUAAAGAACGCCUGGAACAGCAUAAACUACAUCAGCGAAAUAGCCACCAGGAAGUCGUGGGUUCGUCGUCUAGAUCUCAUGCUGGUGGCUGGUGUGCCCGCUGUGAGACCACUUUGCAUGCCACACUGCCUAGCUUGCCGGUCCGGCUGGAUCUCGCGAGACUCUACUUUGACUACAUUCAUGACCAGUUCCAUUCUCUCUUCCAUCGGCCAACCUUCAUUGAGGAUGCACUCGGCGAUCGAGUGCCACAUGGCAUACUGUUUGGUAUCUGCGCGUUAUCCGCGAGGUUCUCAACCGACCCGGAAUUCGCAGACGUCGACCCUCGAGACAGAAGCCAUGCAUACAUACGAGCCGCAGAGGUGCAACUGAACCUCCGUGACAUAUCUCUACCAACGAUACAACUCUGCGUCCUGAUAGGGGCGGCCUUGACUGCCAAUGGCGACGGAGAAUCAGAAAACAUCUAUUACGGCGUCGCGUGCCGCAUGGCGCAGCUACUGGACCUGCCAGGCAGACCGGCAACCAGUCUCUUGGAACGAGAGAUCAACAUACGGGUCUGGUGGUCACUCUGCAUGAUCGACGUAUGGUCCUCCACCGCGGUGAAGUUGCCCAAACUGCUCCCAGCGAGAUCCGACAUCCCUCUGCCCAUGGAUGAUCUCCCGUUCCUCUCGUUGAGCCGCAGCGGUACUGGGGCCACGAGUGCAACGUUGGCCUCUCACAGCUCUCAGCUCCUCUCGCAGAUGGUUAGGCUCAACAGAAUCCUCCUGGACAUCACCGACUUCAACCAGCGUUGCGUAGCAGAGAACCCAGAAUGGGAUACUCUCGAGCAAGGCGUCGAGUCCCUGGGCACAAGAAUGGAGGACUGGCUCGCCGCGCUCCCGGCGAAUAUGCGGGACACCUCCGAGAACUUUGCCUGGUUCGCGGCCCGCGGUCUGGGCCGGACGUUUGCGGCCGUUUACCUGGGAUACUACCACUUUGGCCAGCUCCUCUACUACCAGUUUCUCUACGGCGCGGCGAUCACGACGGCCAUUAACCCGACUGCCUCGGCCUCCGUCGCAAGGAGAGACUCGUACGCAAAACGCUGCAAGCAACACGCGGCGCGGUUAUGUGAUAUGGUCUACCGCGCGCAGAUGACUGCAGGGUCGGACGUGCGGUACACGAUGACAGCGCAUGUGUUGGUCAUCGCUUCGACGGUACAGAUUCACACGCUCUUAUUCAGCGGUGUUGAGGCGGACAUCAAUGUGGCUCGAAGGCGGUUGGAGAGAAAUUUUGAGUUGCUGAUGCAGUUACGGUGUUAUUGGCCAACGACGGACCGGGCCAUCAGCCGUCUAAGGGCCUUCCACCAGACUGCGCGUACGAGCAUCGACACAAGUUUCGUGCUGGACCGUUGGAUGUUGAGGUUUCUGGUUGAGUUUGCGGAGCCAAUGGAGGAAAAGGAUCGCGGGGACGUGGAGGACAUAGAAUCAUUGUGGAUUGAGGGGCCCCGGUGA